GCAAAGGUGCCAUAACAUCAUGUCGGCAUCUGUCGAAGACUUCCAGCUUGCUGCGGUGGCAGCAGGCUUUACAAUUGGGUUCGGAUUCCUUACGGUAUGGGAGGCUAUCCAGCAAACACGGCGGAACCGUAACCCGCUGAGGUCGGUAUACAUCUACAUGCUGUGGGGUGAGAUUCUUGCGAACAUAUGCAUUGGAGUUGUUGGAUGGCUUUUCUUGACUGGAACAUUGGGUCCCUCUGUCCCGGUCUUGUUCUUUAUCCUGCUCUUCUGGGUCUUCCAGAUCCAGCUACUCAUGCAAAUUAUCAUCAACCGAAUCGCACUCAUCGCUGAACAUCGAAAGACUGUCCGCAACAUCAAGUGGGGUACCGUGCUUAUCAUCACUGCCAUCAAUAUCGCCGUCUUCUGUAUCUGGAUCCCCGCGCACACCGUUCCACCCGCCAGCCAGGUCUUUCUCAACAUCAACGCUGUUUGGGACAAAAUCUCCAAGGUUCUCAUCCUCAUCGUCGACGCUGGUCUCAACUGGUACUUCCUGCGCAUCGUGAAGAUCAGGCUUGUUGAUCAAGUCGGUCUCACGAAGUACAAGCCGCUCGUGAGCUUCAACGCAAAGCUUAUGAUAGUCUCCAUUGCCAUGGACGGUCUCCUAAUCGGUCUCAUGUUCCUGAAGAACCAAGUUGUCUACGUUCAAUUCCACCCGGUUGUCUACAUGGUGAAACUGAACAUCGAAAUGUCCAUGGCCUCCCUGAUUGUUCGCCUCGCCCAGGGCAAGACGGAGAACGACGCCGAUCCCGAAGAUUUCGGCAGCUCCACUGGCCCAUCCAACUCGCACUCCGACCGCCGUACAAAAUCAAAGCCGAACCAGUUCCAGUCUUUCCAGUUGACUUCCGCGAAAGGCGGCAUAAGGAGCAAGAUCCACAGCCGCAACGACAGUGACGAGAGUCUUGGGCAUAUUCAUCGCACUACGGAGUUAAAUGUGGUGGUCGAGCAUGUGGACAAGCUGAAGGACAGCAGUGAAGGCAGCUCGAGGAGUAGUCAUGAGACACCUCAGAGCAUGUUUGGGGAUGAGACGCCGUUGCACAAGAACAACAUACGGAUCACUGGAAAGGUGUUGUAA